AUGCAGCAAACCUCGCAUCCACCGCAAUACUUACUGAGUGUUCCUUUCUAUGUGUACGAAGAGUUUGGUUGGAUCAAUGGAACGAUCGCCGAUUUACCGAUUGCCUCUGUCAUGCGGAAUCACAGCUUCAACGGAACAAAUCGCUUCAAACAUGGUGAUGAUUACUGGUUUCUCCAAGCAAGCUUGAAGCAUCCCAUGAGAACCCACAACAUCAACGAAGCGAAACUUUUCUUCGUUCCCAUUCUAUUGAAUCAGUUUGAUUACUAUUUUAAUAAGAAAAGACGGCGACUGUGUGUCAAUGAAAGGUGUAACAUGGAGCUACUUAACUAUACUUCCGAGCAGCUCUGUGCAUCAACGGCCUUUCAGCAAUAUCCCGAAAAGCAUGUGAUUGUUCGUUCGCACUUUCUCCCUGUGAGUGACGUAUGGGACGAAAACAAGAGGCAACGACCAGGGUAUGCGAAGUUCUUUUUAGAGAUGCUACCGAAAAUGAAUGCUGUGGUAUUUGAAGGGAUCGAUUUCCUCCAUGGUAUUUCUCGAAGGAAGGAACGGUACGAAUUGCCUUCCCGUUUCACCUUGCCCGCAUACAAAGUCGGAACUGCAUGUAAAAAUAGCCUUGGCUCGAAAAAAGAUCUAGAUGUGACGAUGGUUGGAGAGAUGCGAUUUCGGCACCGUCAAAAUCUGUGCUCCUGGCUGAAUCGUUCCUCUUCCAUUUCUAGCUACUGUGGCAAGGGAGACCGCUGCCCAGCGCUUGCACAGGCGAAGUUUGGUUUCCAUGUUGUUGGUGAUACUUUGGGGUCGCAGAGACUCAUGGACACAAUCCUUUGUGGGACCGUUCCCAUUUUCACCAACUUGGACCAGUUUAAGGUGCAAGGAACAUGGAUUGAUUGGAAACAAUUGUCGUAUUACCUUCCACUAAACCACAAACCAGAGCCUCGAAAGUCAAAGAAAUCAGUAGCUGAAGCCAAGGCAGUCGAGCAAGAGUUCAUAUCUGGUUUGGAAGCAAUUGUCAGUGAUCUAGAGGGGUAUCGGAGAAGGUACAAAGCUGUGCUGGAUCACAUCCCCUUUUUUGACAUGAGUACACUCUAUCCCUUUGACACCUUCAUGUAUCUCAUGCAAGCAAAUAUCUAUCCUGAGACAAGACAAUCACGAAGCCGGUGGAGCGCUAUGAUACUGCCACCUGUAUUAUACUCAAAGCCAAAACAGCAAAUUAGCUAG